UACAAAAACGCUGACAUAUUUGGAUUCGUUUCAUUCACACUUUCACCCCUCUCUCUCUAUCUCUCUUUUUUUUCGGUUUUGCUUUGGCCUCCCAAGCUAAAAGCAAAAAAGAAAAUAACCCCACAAGCGAAAAAAGCCAAAAUCUUUCCCACUAGUACUAUAACCAGUAACCACCACUUCAUUUCUGAAGAAAUCACUCUGCUCUCUCUCUCUGAGCUUCUACUCCUAUUUUUAUCAACUGGGUAUUGUUUGUUUUUUCCUUUUGAUUCUGGUUCAACUUUCAAGUUUCUUUUUUUAUUUAUUUAUUUCUUUUCUAUGGUUGGAAGUUCUGUGUAUCACUUUGUGAAGCUUCAAGUUGUCAAAUUUAUCACACAGACUUGAUCUAAGCCUUGCUUUCCUUUGUUUCUCUUUUGUGGGGUUUUGGAUCUGAUGUGGAGCUCUAGGGUUUAUCUUUGAGAAAAAUAAGAUCUGCUUUGUUUUCUCACUGUUCUCGAAUUUUCCUUGGGUUUUGGAAAGUUGGGUCUUUUCUAGAUUCUCUAUUCCUCACCUUAUGCUUAUGUGAAAAAGGUACUCAGAUUCCUUCCAAAUGCUUCUUAAUUAGUACCUCUUUGGCCAUAAGACCUCCACUUCCCUGCAUUUCCUAUCUUGGUUUUCUCUCUCUUUGAACUCCCAUAGAGAGAGAGAGAGAGAGAGCUGAUAUUGUCCUUGGUUGUACGGUCUGACUGUUUAUAACUAUGAAUCCGGAAAUUGAAAUUCAGUCUCCAGCCUCCUAUCUGCAGAAUUCUAACUGGUUGUAUCAGGAAAGCAAGGGAACUAAUUGGACCUUGGAAGAGAAUAAGCAGUUCGAGAAUGCUCUUGCUUUAUACGAUAAGGAUACCCCGGAUCGAUGGCUUAGGAUUGCGGCCACGAUCCCAGGCAAGACUGUAGGAGAUGUGAUGAAACAGUACAGGGAGUUGGAAGAAGAUGUUAGUGACAUAGAGGCGGGCUUGAUUCCAAUUCCUGGUUAUGGUAGUAAUUCUUUCACACUGGAGUGGGUGAACAAUCAAGGCUUUGGUGAUUUGAAACAAUUCUAUAGUGUUGGUGGAAAGAGGGGCGCCUCUACUCGGCCUUCUGAUCAGGAAAGGAAGAAAGGGAUACCAUGGACAGAAGAAGAGCACAGGCAAUUUCUGCUGGGUCUCAAGAAGUAUGGUAAAGGUGACUGGAGAAAUAUCGCUCGCAAUUAUGUGACCACUAGGACCCCUACUCAGGUAGCUAGUCAUGCUCAGAAGUACUUUAUCAGGCAGCUUUCAGGAGGGAAGGAUAAGAGAAGGUCUAGCAUCCAUGAUAUUACUACUGUCAAUGUUCCAGAAACUAAAUCUCCCUCUUCAGACAGUAAAAGAUCUCCUUCACCAGAUCACUGUGCAAUGGUUAUGCAGCCUCAGCAGCAUCUAGAGAUGGGUGUUAUCAGUAGACAGCAGCAAUAUGACUGGAAAACACCAUAUGAGGCCACAACCAUGGCUUUCAACCCAGCAAAUGUAAACAUGUUCAUGAAACCAUUUUGUGGGAUUUCUUCAUAUGGACCUAACCUGCAGGAACAAAAUCUAUUCCGGAGCACCCUUCACGGAUCUCAGUUUGGACCUUACAAUACAAUGUUUCAGAUGCAGCCAAUGCAACAUCAGUGAGAGUUCUGGAGGAAUCUAAUGCCAAACCAUGCUAUAUGAUGGUUUUAUGUGAAUAUGUUGAUGGGGACUUUUAGUUAGUCCUUAGUAAUUAGACUCUGCAAAGAAAUCAGUUAGUUCAUAUCAUGAUUGAUAUUCAAACUUGGAAGGAAAGUUUAUUAAUGUGAAGUGUAGCUUUCAUCACUAA